AUGCCUAGUUUCUAUAUUCGACAUACUCGACAACGAACAAAACCGGAACGAAGACGUGAAUCAGCAGAUACUCGUCAUCAAACAAAUCAUGUUGCAACGAAUAACGAUGGUGCACGGCCGACAGAACAACCAGAAUCAUCUGAAGUAGGACACUUUUCAUCGACAAUUACAAUAUCUAGCCAAUCCUCCCAAUCGAAUCUUAGUCAUCACGAAUUUGAUCAGCCCGAUUUUCAUUCUAAUCUUCACAACGAAGUCAAACCAAAUAAAUCAAGUCAUUCGUUAAUAAAUCAAAGAACUACACAUGAAAUAUUAAACAUAACGAGACCAAAUCUUACGACAAACGAAACAAUACACAAUCAACAACAGAAUAUCGAAUCAAACUCACAUCCAAUAGAUACGUUGACGAACGUUAAUGAUGAUCCAUCAGCAUCGAACCGACAAACAUCAAUUACCACUUAUUUUNAAACAAUUGGACCAAAAUCGAAUCGUUUAUCUAGCUUUGAAUUGAAACAGUCGUUAAUCCGAGAGAUUCUAAUGUUACCUCAGAUCAUUAUCACCAAAGAAGAUCUAUACGAACAGAACGAUCACAAAAAAAUCGAUCGUGCACUUGGUACCGAUGGUUUACAAACAUUAGUUAGUGACGGCCUCUUACUUAACGAUUAUUUCGUCUUCACCAACACAUAUCGACCCAUCAAAUGCUAUGCGAAAGUAUUGCCAAAGGACACGAUCGAUGCUAAUUCGAUUCAAACUAAGUUACAACGAUACAACAUUCAACUCACAGAUUAUAUCGAUGCAUCCCGAACAACUGGCAUUCACUUAUCGUCAACGUUGACGACAAUCGGCAGAAACUUAUUUUCUGAAGAGCCAUAUUCGAAAAUUUCCGAUAUCGCCCCAAUGUUAUCACAUUCUCGACCAACCAAUACACUACAUCGAACAACAUCAUCAAACACAAGCAUUGCCAUCGUACCAGAAGCAUCGAGUCACAGAAUUUUCGAUAUUCCAGACGAGACAGAUUUCUCGAUUACACAACAAAUCACUCAUAUUUCAAGGAAUUCAACGGUAGUCAAACGACGUCGCAUCGCAAUGAACGCAAUUCGACAAGAAUCAGAUAUCGCUGAUGACGCCGACAUCAUCGUAACGAAUGACCUUCUAUCCGAAGAAUGA